UUAACUUCCUUAUUAUUAUUAGAGAUAAUAAAUAAAUAAAUAAAAGUAUGACCACCGGUCAACUGAUAUUUAUAUCCAUCUUUCUCGCCUGCUUCUUAACCGCGUUCUCCCUCCGGCUACUUUCCGGCGACAGUUACUGUGACCGCGACAAACUACCGCCCUUAAAAUCGCUCCGAUCGGAUCAGUUCACAGUGCUGAUCAACGGCUACUCGGAAUCUCGAAUUCCGAUCAUGAAAACCGUGACCGGAAUCUACUCAAGCUCGCCGUCUGUAGCGGCGGUGGUUGUGCUAUGGGGAAACCCUAAUACACCGACGAAAACAUUAGUAGAGCUUUCACACAAUUUAUCGGUUUCUUCUCCCGGCGAUGCACCUAUAACUGUCAUCCGGCAAACGUCGCGUAGUCUCAACGCGCGGUUCCUUCCACGGCCGUGGAUUACCACACGCGCCGUCGUGAUCUGCGAUGAUGACAUCGAGAUUGAUCCGAAAUCUAUUGAAUUCGCGUUCAACGUCUGGAGGAACAAUCCGGAACAGCUCAUUGGAUUAUUUGCUAGAUCUCAUGAAAUUGAUCUAGUUAGUCGGAAAUGGAUUUACACUGUUCAUCCAGAUAAAUACUCGAUUUUACUGACUAAAUUUAUGUUAAUGAAAACAGAGUAUUUGUACAAGUACAGUUGUGAAGGCGGUGAAGCAAUGGCGAAAGCGAGGUUAAUAGUUGACGAAAUGAGGAACUGUGAAGAUAUAUUGAUGAAUUUUGUUGCGGCUAAUUGGACGGGUGUAGGACCGGUUUUGGUUGGGGCGAAACGAGUAAGGGAUUGGGGAGAUGCUAGGAAUGAUGGUGGGAAGGCGCGGCGUGGGUUGACGGAUGCCACGGAUGAGGUGGCGGUCGGGUUAAGUAGUAGGAAAAAGGAUCAUAGGAAAAGGAGAGGGGAUUGUAUACAUGAGUUUCAUAGGGUUUUAGAGAGAAUGCCAUUGAGGUAUAGCUAUGGAAAGAUUGUUGAUGAUAUUGGUGAACAAGGGCUUUGUGAGAAAGGUGGCAAAUUGGUGUUUUGUGAUCAACAACUUUUUUAGUAAAAUUUCUUCAAUCAUGAUCAACGUUUGAAUUGCAAAUAUUUUGUACUAAUUUGUAUGAUCAUAUAUGGAGCAUAGACUAUAUAUUACAAGAGAAUUGUGAUUACAAAUUGUAGUA